GUUCAACAAUCUCCGAACGCUCCCCGCAGCUGUCAACUUUUCCGGCGCUGCCAACCUCACGAAACACGCGGCCGUUUCCUGUUCUUUUCAACCGCAGUCCUCCGCGACGUACGUUGUGUCGGUAAAUAAACUAUCGAGCAAAAAUGGUCCGCAUUAGUGUGCUAGCCGAUGCCAUGAAGUGCAUCAACAACGCCGAGAAGCGCGGCAAGCGCCAGGUGCUGAUCCGGCCCAACUCCAAGGUCGUCAUCAAGUUCCUGACCGUGAUGAUGAAGCAUGGCUACAUCGGCGAGUUCGAGAUCGUCGACGACCACCGGUCCGGCAAGGUCGUGGUCAACCUGACCGGUCGCCUCAACAAGGCCGGCAUCAUCUCGCCCCGGUUCGACGUGAAGCUGCACGACAUCGAGCGGUGGACCAACACGCUGCUGCCCUCGCGUCAGUUCGGAUACGUCGUGCUGACCACCAGCGCCGGCAUCAUGGACCACGAGGAAGCCAGACGGAAGCAUCUGGGAGGCAAGAUUCUGGGUUACUUCUUCUAAGCACUGGAAGCCCCACUGUGUGGGAAGGUGGCAUUUGUUGGGUGUUGCCAACAAACCUGGAUAAGAUCGAAAAAAAAGAAAAUGAAAAAACGUUUAAGAAUAGAGUAACUUAAAACACA